CGGGGAGCGGGGGCGGAGCAGCGGCUGGGCCUUGCCGGGCCGGGCCCUCUUUGGCCGAGCGGCGGAGGAGGAGGUGGAAAAGGAACAUGUUCUCAUCCAGGCUCUUCACCUUGGUCCUGGUUGUGAAACGACAGGAAGUUCUCCUCGGAUAUAAAAAACGUGGCUUCGGAGCCGGGCGAUGGAAUGGCUUCGGGGGAAAGGUGCAAGACGGGGAGACCAUCGAGGAAGGAGCCAAGAGGGAAUUACUGGAGGAGAGUGGGCUGACAGUGGACACCUUACAGAAGAUAGGUCACAUCACAUUUGAAUUCCUUGGCAACUCUGAGCUAAUGGAUGUCCAUGUCUUCCGCACAGAUAGUUUCCAUGGAAAUCCAACUGAGAGUGAUGAAAUGCGUCCUCAAUGGUUCAAACUGGAUCAGGUGCCUUUCAGUGAAAUGUGGCCAGAUGACAUCUACUGGUUUCCACUGCUGCUCCAAAAGAAGAAGUUCCGGGGAUACUUUAAGUUUCAAGGGCACGAUGUCAUCCUGGACUACACCCUGAAUGAAGUGGAAACAGUCUAAGGGAAGUUAAACACCUUUCCCUUUUACCACUGGACUCACCCAACCCCUAGCUCAGGAAACAGUCUAGUAAGCAUUUCAAACUGCUGGCCCAGUUGUGCCUAUUUUAGCCAAUGACUCUUUUAGCUUUUCAGACAUAAUUUUGCUAUUGUUCUUGUCUAUCCGUCUCCCCCGAUUAGACCGUAAGCCCGUCAAAGGGAAGGGACCGUCUCUGUUACCUAUUUGUACAUUCCAAGCGCUUAGUACAGUGCUCUGCACAUAGUAAGCGCUCAAUAAAUACUAUUGAAUGAAUGAUUUUCUCUAUCCACCUGAAAGA